CCUCCUGCACAUUCCUUACACUUCCUGGGAGAGGAGGAGGCUCCGAGGGACUGAGGCCUGGGACUCUGCUCUCACUCCGGCCGGGACGGGCCUGUGAUCCUGUGUCUGCUCAUGGCUCUGAUCCCACUGCAGUCUAGAACUGUGCUCUGGAUCUAGGAGUGUCUAGAACCGCAGACCUUUCAGGAGCUGUUUUUGGGAUUCAUGGCGCAGAUCGGACCUGUGGGGGAUACUGCGGCCAUCAUGUGCAGGUCUCGCUGUCCACAAUGCCAAGAGUCGUUCUCGGACCCCCGAGUCCUGCCCUGUCUACACACUCUGUGUAUGAGCUGCCUCCAGAGCCUGGAGCCCUUCAGCAUGCAGGAAAGAGGGCAGAAGCCGGCGACCCAGCAAAGCGUCCUAUGCCCAGUGUGCGACUCCGAAGUAUCGCUACCGCCCGGAGGAAUCCCAGAUUUAAUACCGGACCUACUGGCACAAACAGAAGUGCUGCUUGAGCGUCUGCGGCGCGGUGGGGAUGAGAUGCCAUGUGAUCUGUGCGGAGACGGAAAGGGAGAGAGGCGAUGCCUGGACUGCAGGGUGACCAUGUGCGAGUUCUGCUGCCUGGCACACAGACGACAGAAGCGAACGGCCGGUCACUCCCUGCUGCCCCUGCAGGACCUUCCUCCAGGCUCCUCUCUGUCUCCAGCUCCAGUCUGCACCCUCCAUCCUCUAGAGGAGCUGCGCCUGUUCUGCGAGUCCUGUGCUCUUCCGUCCUGUCGGGACUGUGCUCUGGUCAAGCACUUGGGACAUGAGAUCCGUCUGGUCGUGGACGUUGCAGGGAGGCAUCGAGCACAGUUGCAUGGAGCUUUAGUAAAGUCUGGACCUCAGCUGGAGGCCCUGGAAAAUGCACUUCGUACCGUGCAGGAAGUGGGAGAAGAUUUAAAGAGUAGUGCGAACCUUCUGCGAAAGGAGGUAGAGGCUUUCACGGAGGGCUAUAUACGCGCAAUUCAGGAUCACAAAGUGAGGCUCCUCCAAGACAUAGAGGAGGAAGUACGCCGGAAAGACCAAGCCUUGAGCCUACAAAGAGCUCGGAUACAUCAGCAGCUGGCGGACGUCCGAACUGCCACCACAUUCACUCGAGACCUGCUAGACCAUGGACCAGACCUUCAUAUUGUCCGAGCCAAGGCCUUGGUAAUUGGUCGCUUGAAUGAACUAAACCAAGGAGACAAAAGCCAAAUGGAACAAACAGAGGCUGACAGGAUUAUCUUCAAUGCCACCGAGAAGGCAGCACUAUGCCAAGGCUAUCAGAUGUAUGGCUUGGUGCAAAGAGGUGGUGUGGAUCCCGAGAGGUGCCAGGUCAGAGGACAAGGUCUCCAGACUGUGCAGCAGGGAAAUCUCUCCAGCUUUACCCUCAUCUGUAACACUAACUCUGGAGAUCAGCUGGAACAUAAAGGGGCACCACCUAGGGUCAUCAUUCUGCAUAAGGAAUCGGGCAGAUCUGUGCCAGUCUCCAUCCAGGAUAACCAAGAUGGCACAUACCACAUAUCCUACACCCCAACUGAGGCGGGUCAGGUUUCCAUAAGUGUGUGUAUGAAAGGACGCCACAUCAGGGGCUCCCCUUUUACCGUGAACGUGAGGGGGACAUCGCGCCAGCAUAGUGGGGUCUAUCACUGCUGCACAUUCUGCUCCAGUGGUGGCCAGAAGGAUGCCCGAUGUGGAUGUGGUGGUUCAAUGCCAGGUGGUUUUCAGGGUUGUGGUCAUGGGCACAAAGGUCAUCCCGGCCAGUCCCACUGGUCAUGUUGUGGAUCCACCUCUGAGACAUCCGAGUGCACCGGUGUGAAGGACUCGGCCCCCCGCAAUCUGCUGCGCACUGUAGCUUUAUGAUGAUUGGAGAUGUUGAAGGACUCGGCACCUGCAAUCUGCUCCGGACCGUCAUUUCAUGAUGGUAGGAGACAUUUCUGGGGUACUAGUCAGAUUCGGUUGCACCCUGGACUACGCUUUAUGGUCAAAGUGGUGGCAAUAAGACGACAAUUCACAUCAAAAUGAAAAGUGCCCUAUAGUUUGUGCAAUAUUAAUUGGGUCUUGAGCCCUUACACAAUGUCAGCCUGAGAAGACUGUUGGUGAUCCAGGCUGGAAAUAGUAUUUAUGUCCCACGGUGCGUCGUGUCCUACAGAUGUGUUUUAUACCUUAGUUGUCACAUUGUCCAUGUGAAAACUGCAGCUUUCAUAGAUAACGGGAGAUAAGGGGCUGCUACAGUGUAGACACCUCCAUAUUGUAACUCUUCAGAUGUCAUCUCCCCGCCAACUGCUCCGAGCGAGACCACACAAAGGCUCCAGGAUCAGAAUCACCGUCAUUCAGUAGCUGUCUCUGUGCCACAACGUGGCGAGGAGCCACCUGAGAACAGUCACCUGUAUUCAAGGAGAACUUUCUGGCUGCUUUUCUGUGGGGUUUAGGUUUGGCAUCAGAUUCCGCCUCUGUUACUCUCCAUCAAUUUUGAGUUAUUGUCCUCUUGUAAAACGGACUGACCGAGCUGAAAACACGUGGGAUGGUUGGCGAAGUGUUUGGCAGUCCUGCCAGGCAAGUGCCUCCGGUUAUAAUAAAUCACCUACAGUGUCACCAACUAUCACCCCCACCGUCACGCAGGAUUCUUCAGAGAGAACACCACAUCCUGAGCAUCAUCUCCUCAUCCCGCAAAGAUACAGAAGAUAGAACCAAAGAUCUUGCAUUUGGAUUUGUCAGAACAAAUUUCUGCUGUUGUCUGAGCUCCUUGGGGUCGACGUGAACUCAGUGGUUCAUCUCCAUGGCCUAUGAGGAGAAUACUGCUUGGCCUUUCGUCUGCUGAUCCUCAUGUACGAAGGUUAGGGGCAGACUGGGAACUUAAAGUGGCCCCGUUUUGUAGUCGGUCCAAAUUGAUGGAAGCCAGCAAUACCAUUUUGUGGCCCAAUAGAGACAAAUACCACAGUCCAUCACAAAAUACUGCCCCAAAAACUUCGACUGGCCGGCCGUGAGGAGGGACCAGGCGACCCCCCGGGAAAUUUCCCUGUAAGGUCUAUGGCCAAUCCGCCCCGACGGAGGUUCUGCUGCACAUGAAGGAACUUUCGAAGUUGCUGGAUUUUUCAGGAUUCAUUCCUUGUGCACAGUCCAGACAUUGAUUAUCAUCGUCUUCCAACGUUCUCCACGUCAAACCUCCAGAAAUGUUCUAGAUAAAAAUGUUUUCACAGAAUUUUUCUUUCAUAGAGACAAUAACACCCAGGCAUCAACUGCACGGUUUAAAAUAAAGACGAAUUUCAAGAGUUUGCAGCGAAUCUCCACCUUUUAUCAUCCGGUUGUCUUGUCCCACAUGUGACGUACACAUUAAACGGAUGCCUCCGACAGA